UGACGCGGAUAGACAAAUAAACUGGUACACUUUACACGCUUUUUCUGUUUCCUUGGCCGUGUUUACUCAUCGACGACGAAACCGCCACCCGCCAGUCUCCGCCGCCUUAAAUCCACGGCAGAAAGUCUAUAUACACGUAGCGUAGGGGGUAUAUCUUCUGUCUUUAUCAAUUAUCGGCAGUAAAGAACAAACCCUCAAGAUUUUCCAUUUUCCCGUUACUUAUAGUUCCCUGUCAUUUUCAACCCGUUUCUUCUCAAUUUUUAAUUGGUUUUGGACAUUUUCCUUCUGACCUUCUCUGUUACUUUCCUGUUUAUACCUAUAAAGAAAUUCGUCAUUUUUUCUGAUUGCCAAAAUUCAAAAAUAGUGAUAAUUAAAAUCUGCGUUCUUCCAUGUCGAUGAUAUCUGGCAUCCAAGGCCAACUUCUAGAAGUUACGGUGGUUUCCUGCAACAAAUUGAAGGACACUGAAUGGAUAUCAAGGCAAGAUCCUUAUGUUUGUCUUGAAUAUGGUAGUACCAAAUUUCGUACUCGUACUUGCACAGAUGGUGGAAAAAACCCUACAUUUCAAGAGAAAUUUGUGUUUACGCUCAUUGAAGGGUUGAGAGAGAUUAAUGUUGUCGUUUGGAAUAGCAAUACCAUUUCCUAUGACGAUUUUAUAGGGAGCGGAAAGAUUCAACUACAUAAAGUUCUCUCACAAGGAUAUGAUGAUACUGCUUGGCCAAUCCAGACCAAGAUUGGCAGGCAUGCUGGAGAAGUUCGACUGAUAAUGCACUAUGCUAAUGCCAAUAAGCCAGCAACAAGUUAUGCUCCAUCAGCUCCACCAUACGCAGCACCGCAACCUCAAGCACCUAUGUACUCCGUGCCUCCACCACAUUUAGCUUCUUAUCCACCAGCAGCGGCUUAUCAAACACCAUCUCCAUACCCUGCAUACCCGCCUCAUUCAGUUGCAUAUCCACCAACCCCAUAUCCUCCUCCUCAAACGACUGCUUAUCCUCCAGCUUAUCCACCACCUUCGGCAUAUCCUCCCGUAUCUUAUCCACCACCAUCACAGGACUAUUCUUAUCCCCCAGGUCCAUACCAGGGAACAUAUCCUCCGCGACCUUACUGAGGCCACAUUCCGACAUGCUUUGGUGAAGAAUGUGCAUAGUUGCUUGUGGGGAAAAAAAAUAAGAUAUGAGAUGUGCAUAUAGGUUUUUACUGAACAAGUUUCGCUUAGGCAUUUGUAUUUUUGUCUAACAUCGAAAAUUCAAGGCUUGGAUAACUUGUGUGGUAAUUCUGUCGGACAGUAACCGAUCUUGUAGUUUACUGGGUUCAAUCAUGAAUGGUAGAAGAUAUUCAACAUUCAGUGACUUCUAUAGCAUGUAUACAAACAAUAUGUGCCCAGUGGGUAUUUGUUCUUUGCCAUCUCA